CGAAGCCAUCCCUGUGGUCUCCAGGCCUAUGACAGCUAUGGCCCCAUUAGUCUAUUAGGGUGGGGUUGGGGUUGUUUCCGGGCGAUAAGGAUGUUCUGGGUGUCUGGUAUGUCGGGUUACAUCCUGCAACGUGGUCCUGGCUCUUAUAUCGUAGCUGGUCCGUCCGUCUCCCCCUUUCUCCCGUGCGGAGUACACCGUGUCUCUAUCCAUCUACCCCAUGGAUUAUUGCAUUGCCUUGACAUUUGCCAAGCCCGACACCUGACGCGGGGAGUUCGAACCCCCUUAGUUAGUCGCGAUGACAUAAGCAACGGCUUUCGGGGGCAACACUCGAGCCUGAGACUCGCCGAAAGUUUGGAAAAAAGGAUGGCCUCGUCUCGCCCAGCUUUGUUUGGCCUGAUCGAUCUCAGGCAUGGACUGACAGAGUGCUUCGAGUGCCUGUGACGAUCCGUUCGUCAUGCCUACUGACUUCUACUACCCUGACGAGCCUAGGAGACAGUCCCUGUGGUCGCGACUCUUCUCGUCCACCUAUGCCGGCUAUCGCCACCUCCAGCCCUCCGGCCCAUUGCUGUCGGCCCCUAGACGCCCCGGUCGUUUUCGUCGCCUGUCCCUCCUCCGGCUGUGUUAUCACCUCCAAGUGGUGGUCGGGAUCAUCCUCUCGCUGCUCUUUCUGACGUCCGUCUUUCGGCCCUCCUAUACCCGCUUGCCGCCCCAUUACUCGUCCCUCCGGGAUGCCGUCUCGCAGUCCUCCGAACCAGGCCGCGGCAACGUCCGCAACGAGAAAGUGUUCAUCGCAGCGAGCCUAUAUGAUCGCAGCGGAGACCUGGCACGGGGCUAUUGGGGGGAGAGCGUACUCCAGUUGAUCCACCUGCUCGGGGAGGACAAUGUUUAUUUGAGCAUCUAUGAGAACGACAGCGGACCCGAGGGCGAGAGUGCCCUGCGAGAACUAGCGGACCGGGUUACGUGUCAGAAAUCCAUUGUCUUCGAGGAGCAUCUGGACCUGGCCAGCUUGCGAAAAAUCGCCGUUCCUGGUGGUGCGCAGCGGAUCAAACGCAUCGAAUACCUGGCUGAGGUGCGGAACCGUGCCUUGCGACCGCUGGACGAUCAACCGGAGGUGCGCUACGACCGGCUCCUCUAUCUGAACGAUGUGGCAUUCGACCCAGUGGAUGCUCUCCAUCUGCUGUUCUCCACCAAUGCCGCGGAGGACGGCGUUGCGCAAUAUCGGGCGGCAUGUGCCGUGGAUUUCAUCAAUCCGUAUAAGUUCUAUGACACCUAUGCGACGCGCGACCUGCAGGGCUACAGCAUGGGCCUUCCCUUCUAUCCGUGGUUUUCGAGCGCUGGAAAGGGGCAGAGCCGGUCGGAUGUCCUAGCUGGGAAAGAUGCAGUGCGGGUGCGCAGUUGCUGGGGUGGAAUGGUGGCAUUCGAUGCCCGUUUCUUCCAGCGGGGCACGACCCAGCCGACAGCGGGCGUGGCCGAUGGGGGCAGCACGCCUGUUCGAUUCCGCGCCUCACACGACAUGUUCUGGGAAGCGUCCGAAUGCUGUCUGAUCCAUGCGGAUAUCCAAGAACCCCAGACGAACGUGGAGGAGAUCACUGACACAGGGGUAUAUCUCAAUCCAUAUGUCCGGGUUGCGUACGACCCUACCACUCUCUCUUGGCUAGGGACGACCCGGCGCUUUGAGAAGUUGUAUUCGCUCCCCCAUACCCUCAUCAACCAUCUUGUCGGUCUGCCCUGGUUUAACUCUCGUCGUACUGAGGUUCCCGGCCAGGCGGCCGAGGAGACGGUCUGGGUACCCGACGAGAAAGGGGAUGGGAGUGGAUCGUUCCAACACAUCGAUCGGAUGGCGGGAAACGAUGGGUUCUGCGGCCGUCCCGGGCUGCAAGUGAUUGUCGAGCAUCGCGAGAAGGGACAGAAGGGAUGGGAAACGAUCCCAAUACCUGGCUGAGGGCAUUGCGGUAACUGUCCAUAUUUUGUCCGUGUAUAACUACUGUCCUCUUUCCCCCACUGUGUCAUAGAUUACUACUAGCCAUAGGUAUAUAGAACGGGCCUGGGGUUUCCCCACCUGGGUCUGUUAUGCUGCAUUUAAAGCACCUUCCUAAAUCGCACUUACACUCCCAC